CGGGUCUCCAAUUCCGAAACAGUCGCCAAAAACCCUCCACAUUUUUCCAAGCCUAAUAACAGUGUCCCCAGGCCCAAAACCUUCCGAAGUUCAAGGAAUUUUGCGCCCCUUUCUCCUUUCAGCUGACUUAUUUCGCACGAAUAAUCGGGGUUUAUCUAGGGUUUAACUCGAAACCUUUUUCCACUGUCUUGCAGCUACCCAACGAGCCGAUGAUCAGGUCCCGCGGUCUCCAGCUCGCUCGCCGCUCGCUAUCUUGCUUUCUUUCGCCUUCAUAUAUAUAUGAUUCGUUGUCGAGGGAGGGCUGCCGGAGCUUCAGCACCGCGAUUUGCAGUCAAUAUCGGGUUGUUUCUAAUCCCAAUUUAAGAAAUGUGGGGAACGAGAGGGCUUGGUUAAAGUUUGGUUCAUUCAUUGGAAAAAUUGGCGUUGCACGAUCAAUUCAUGGCACCGCUCAACUAUCAAAAGAUUACUACGAAGUACUUGGUGUCAGUAAAGGUGCAAACACUUCUGAGAUCAAGAGAGCUUAUUAUGGGCUAGCAAAGAAGUUGCAUCCAGAUACAAAUAAAGAUGACCCAGAAGCUGAUCAGAAAUUCCAAGAAGUCCAGAAAGCGUAUGAGGUCUUGAAAGAUGAUGAAAAGCGUCAACAAUAUGAUCAGCUUGGCCACGAGGCUUUUGAGAGCGUGAGUAGUGGUGAAGGUCCUGGAUAUGAUCCAUUUUCAAGUGGGUACAACCCUUUCGAGGACAUAUUCAAAAAUAGUAGUGUAAGUCCUCGCGAGAUUUUCAACAUUUUCAAUCGGGGAGUGCGUGGCGAGAACGUCGAGGUUUCACUUGAGCUUUCGUUUAUGGAAGCUGUCCAGGGUUGCGCCAAAACACUGUCCUUCAUGACCGAUUUGGCUUGCGAUGCCUGUGGUGGAUCUGGGGUUCCUCCUGGGACCCGGCCUGAAACUUGCAUACGUUGUAAAGGCUCUGGCGUGUUUACAUCUCAAAAUGGACCAUACAGAGUUGAAUCUACCUGUCCAAAUUGCGGAGGAGCUGGAAAAAUUGUGAAGAGCUCCUGCAAGUCUUGCAGGGGAAAGGGGGUAAUCAAAGGGUCCAAGACAGUGAAUUUUAAUGUCAUGGCAGGUGUGAACAAUGGUGAUACUAUCAAGAUCCCGCGUAGUGGUGGAGCAGAUCCUGAUGGAAAUCAGCCUGGUGAUCUUUUUGUGUUAAUCAAGGUCAGAGAAGAUCCAGUGUUUCGUAGGGAAGGAGCCCAUAUCCAUGUUGAUGCCAUAUUAAGCAUCAGUCAGGCAAUUUUGGGAGGCACAAUUCAGGUUCCCACACUGACUGGAGAAGUUGUUGUUAAGGUCCGCCCGGGCACUCAACCUGGUCAGAAGGUUGUCUUGAAGAAAAAAGGCAUCAAGACCCGAAACUCGUUUUCACUUGGUGACCAAUAUGUUCACUUCAACGUUAGCAUCCCAACAAAUUUAACCCAAAGGCAGCGCCAAUUGAUAGAGGAAUUUUCUAAAGAAGAACAAGGAGAAGAUGAAAAGGCUGCGGCUGCAAGUGCAACGGGUUGAGCCUGUGCUCGCAACACAUUAUCUUCGUGUGAUGUACCCAAAUAACCACGGAGAAGAAGGGAAAAAUGAAAUAAAAUUCUUGCAGAGGCGCCCUAUUCUUGUCUGAGAGGUGAAAAUUACUAUUUUUGUCGUUGAAUUUAAAAUGUUGCCAGUUAAAACUGUUUGCUAUUUUUUCUACCUCCCCUUUUGUCGGGUCAGAAGUCAGAUUAGUAGUAUUUACAUGACCAUAUUUUUUAAUCAUAGUUAUGAAUGAUCAUGAAACGAGAAUGUCUCUAGGAUGAAAGGUGACUGUAUUUUGUAUAUAGACAGAAUUUAUUUGUCAGAUUAUGCAUCCGUUUGAUGUUUUUGUUUUUGUGUGUCAUCUAACGUUAGCCAUAAAGUUUAGAACAACUCCAAUGUUGCGUUAGUCUAGCGUAAAACAUUCGAAUUUUGAUAAAAUAGUUGUUCAAUGUUGCG